AUGGGUAUCUUCUCCAAGCUCGGUAACCUGCCAGAAUGGCACGUUCCCGGCGCUGGUCUCCUCCAAGGGAAAGCGUUGAACACCGCCAUAGCAUGGUGCUCUUGUCUGGCAUUCCUCAUGUUCGGUUAUGACCAGGGAGUUUUGUCCGGCGUCCUCACUCUCGAUGGCAAGUACUCUGACAUAUGA